CCGAAAUACAGGUUCAAAUGAAUUAUUUAGUUAGUGAUACUGGGGUUUGGUGGCCUGAAAUGGCAGUUGAUGCAAACUUCACGAAAGAUUUAGUUUGUGCUACAACUAAACCAGAAGAGCAACUACCAUUUUCAGUUCGCAUUGUCUGUGAAGAAGGAGUACCAGUAUUCAAUCGAACAUCUCGUUCCGUUCCUAACUACACAUUUAGAGUGGUGCCUCCUAUAGUUAUUCAUAAUUUUUUACCAUUUGCUAUUGAGUUGAAUUUUCCUAACUCGAAGCAUCUAAUUGAAGCAUCUAAAAAAAUUGACGUUUAUGAACUGAAUCUCGCGNCUAAAAAAAUUGACAUUUAA